AAAAGAAAAAAUCAAAAUCAAAAUCAAAUCAAAUAAAAAAUGAAGGAGAAAAUUGUGUGAGAAAUAAGAAAUCAAGUUGACCAACAAAAACAAUUCCUUUGAAAUCCAUUAGCACGGUCGAGAGUCCAGCGAGCCGCACCAACGUCGGCUGCAGAUGUGAUGGCACAAAAUAUCCUAGAGUGGAUUCAAGGGAUCUACCGACAGGGCGCACGUAAAAUUCGUCAACAAUCGGACAAUGGGUACCUGCCACCAUAUAGUACACAAAGACCUCCGGAAAAGCCUCGACCUUUCCAACCGUCAACCAACAACCACGUACAACAACAACAAUCGUCUUUUUCAUUGAGUCAAAACGAAGUGACCAAUUAUCCUUAUCAAGGACCAUCAUCCCUAUACACGCCAUCUAAUGAACCUUCUUCAUUUUCUGUAUCUUCUGAGAGUGACACUUCUUCACAUAGUUUAUCAACUCCUAAUACACUUUAUGGCUCACCAAGCAGUUUACGUCCAUCAUCCACUUACAUACCACAAAACAGUUAUGGCAGUUCUCCCACAUUUAAUCCACGACCACAACCGUCCUAUGGUCCAGGAUCCUCAACUUUCCCUCCUUUUGGAAGUACAACUGGUGGUUCCAGUUCUAAUUAUCCUAGUUCUACGAGUGCAAGACCUGGAACUUUUCCUUCUUCAACACCAUCAACAGCAUACUCGUCGACCUAUUUACCACCACAGUAUACUGGAUUUCCAUCAAGCAAUCCAAGCACACCAAGACCAACGUCUACACCAUUGCCACCCAAAGUAUCACAACCAGUUGGUGGUUAUCCUUCUCAACCUGGUGGUUUUUCGACCACUUAUUUACCACCUAAAACCAGUGCAUUUCCUUCGAGUACUCCAAGUGGUUCUCCAUCGGGUGGAUACCCCUCUUCUUCAGGAUUGACAACACCUUAUGGAUACACUACUCAAAGACCUGGAUUCUCAUCGACUGGUACUGGUGCUGGUAAUAUUUACAGUUCUCAAGGUGGUUAUGCUUCUCAACCAUCCCCUAGACCAAGUUUCCCAACACCAGGCACAAUAGGUACAACAGGUACCGUUGGUGGUACUUCUGGGUACACUUAUUCCACACCAAAUCCAACAUCCAAUAUAGAUGGGUCGACUAGUGGUGGUACUGGCGUAACGAUGGGCACCGAGGCUGACGAUGACCUCAAACAUCCACCGCAUAUUCAUAAUAUAUCGGUUGAAUGUGGAAAGACCAUGAUGACGAUUAAUAUUGAAUUUAAUCGUGCUUUCGAUGGCGUCAUUUAUUCUAAGGGUUUCUUCAUGAAUCCUGAUUGUAGAUACGUCGAACAAAAUUCCGGAAAAACCGAAUACUCUUUCACAGUUAGCUUAGAUUCUUGUGGUACUCAAUUCAUCAAUGAUUUCGAGGGUGAAGCUGGACAAGCAUAUCUUGAAAAUGUCUUGGUCUUGCAGAACGAGCCAGGUAUACAAGAAGUUUGGGAUACUGUGAGAAGAGUACGUUGCCUUUGGGAAGGUAACAUCAAUAAGGCUCUUUCGGUAAAUUUAUCCGUGGACAUGCUCAAUCAGGAAAUCGUUACGUUCAGUGGUGAUACUGCUGUUGCCAAAUUAGAUAUACAAAUUGGUAAAGGUCCGUUUGCUCCUAUAGCUGAUGGUUUGGUCAAAAUUGGAGAAACUAUGACGUUGGUUGUAACAUUGGAAGGUGAUCCAGCUUUCGAUCUUCAGGUACGCGAUUGCGUAGCACGUGACGAAAGUUCAACGAAUGUCUUACAACUAACUGAUGAACGUGGUUGUAUACUAAAACCAAAAUUAUUUGGUGCAUUUCAAAAAACAAAUGACACUGGUAACACAGGUGCCUCGAUUAUAGCCUACGCAUUUUUCCAAGCUUUUAAAUUUCCCGACGUGAUGGAUUUAUUCAUCGAAUGUAACGUUGAACUUUGUAAAACGGAUUGUCAAGCUUGUCCGGAAUCAAAUCAACAAAUUGAACCGGGCAGAAGGCGUCGUUCGGUAACAACUUAUGCACCUUCAAAUAUGUCAAUGGCACCUUUAUUAACAGAUCCAGUUAGAGUUGGACGUGGUUUUAAAGUGAUUAUGCUUGACGAUUUGAGUGCGGUUAGUAAUCAAAUAUUGGAUAAUAAUAUUGAUUUAUCAUCAGCACCAUUUGCAAAAGAAGUUACGAAAGAGGAGGAGAACAUUUGUAUGAGUAAUAAUGGCUUUUAUGCUGCAUUUUCUCUUAUGUUAGGUACACUUAUUUUAAUGACCGUUAGUGCAGCAACAUUGCACAUUAAAUUACAAAGAAUUUAUAGGUCGAAAUCAAUUGAUACGUAGUUAAAAAUUUUUUGAAAUAUCAUUAUGCAAAUGAUUAUAUGAUAUGAUUUUAAUGAUUAGAUCAUUAAAAAGCAUCAAUUAAAUUUUUGUUCACAUUUUGUAUUAAUUUAUAAUUCAAGACAAGAGCAAGAGAUUUGACUAACGUCAUUAAAUUAGUGUUGUUAUUCGUGACAAGAAGCAUAUAUUAGAACAGCCAUACAUAUCACAAAUGACUCAACGCCAUUUUAUAUGGUAACUUAUGAUUAAAUAUAUGCAUAUACCCAAUAAAUAUUCUAAUAAUAAACAUAGUAAAUUGUAUUAUA